CCGGCGGGGGGCCGGUGGUGCUGCGGGUGGCGGAGCCAGCGCGGGCGAGCGAGAGAUGGUGGGCUGAAGAGGCACUUCCCUUCUUGCCAAGAGGACAUGCACCCACAGUUCUGCGUGAACUCAGACAUUGCAGACUGGCUCGCCUCCAUUCACCUGGAGAGAUACCUGGACACCUUCAAACAGCUCGGAUAUCACUCAGUGCGGGAUGUGAUCUCUCUGGGUAAGGAGGAUCUGCAGAAGUUGGGUAUCACUGCCACGGGGCACCGUAAAAGGAUCCUGAACCUGGUGCAGCAAACCCAACUGCUGGUGGGGGACAAAAAUCCACACAUGGCAGGCGAUGUGCAUUACAAGCCUAGCCAGUGUGCAGAAUCUCUGGAUGGGCCUAAACCAAAGAAUGGUAUCGACGGAAGCAAAGGAAUCUCAGCAGAAACGGCUUCUCACCUCAAGAUCGACCGUGCCCAUUCAGCGGGUCACUCCCAUUCUCUGUCACCAGAUAGGGAUCUGGCUUCUUUGGUGGCCAAGCCAGUACCCAAGCCCAGGACCGUGUUUCCUCAUGCGUGCCAAGGAGCCAGGCUGGAGCAGGACUUAGUGCCAUCACCGUGUGCAUCGCUGCCCGUAAGCAAAAUCGCUUCUGGCUCUGAACAUUCUCAGGUAACCUGUGUUGUUCCGGAGGGAUUUGAUCUCAGGGAAAGCGCUGCAGAUGCUGAGGGAUCCCGAGUUGGGCUGAGAGAUCAAAUCCCAGAGGUCGCUCUGCUACCCCAGAGCGGGCAGGUGGGAGGAAACACAGAACCUGCUCUUCAGCCUUCAGCUCCUCUAAGUGAAAGGAGCCACCAGGUCAAGUGUGUGUCGGAUGCCUCCUUCUCUUCUGCUGUUACGUGUUUCUGUGCUGCAAGCCAGCCUGCGGGCAGCCAUCCGGUGGAACCCGUUCCGGCCGCUGCCACUGUGCUGAGAGAGCCUUUGGUGGUGGUUCAAGCUGCUCUUUCCAGGGCAGCCUACCCACAGGGAAGGACUGAGAUGGUCCUAGAGGGCCCUUGGGAUCGAGAUGACCUCCUGCCUUCGCCAACUGCAAGCACAGAAGGGAAGGAGCCUCUGGGCAGCCCUCCCAGCCUGCUGUCCAUAGACCCACCCGCGCAAAACAGGACUCUGAACGGCGAGCAGGCUGGUUCCCUGGGAGAGCCCUGCCUGGGCCUGCAUCACGUGCCGCAGGCGCUUGUCAUCCAAACAGACCCUGCUGAGGAACUCAUCAGCCCUUAUUGUGAGGGCAUGUUUGGACAUACGUGGUCUUGCCAGGAGCAGGAAUAUGAGGAGUUGCCAGAGUGCCUACCAAGCCGGGGCGGAGGAGGAAGAGGAGGAGAAGGGUCCCUGAAUGGAAGCUGCAGCACAGAAGAAAUGAAUUCAUCUGCUAAGAGAGGGCCCAGCCAUACGGCCCAGAGUGAGACCGAGGGUUAUUCUACAGUGGAGGCGCCCCGGGCCAGAGGUUCCCCACUUGGACUCUCCAACCACCAGCAUAUGGACGAAGCCUUAGAUGACUUGACCAUCUCCCCCUAUGCCAGCUACACUUCGUUAUCGGAGCGUCCCACUACUGUGCUCAGCGGCUGGCUGGACAAGCUCUCCCCGCAGGGGAACUACGUUUUCCAGCGUCGAUUUGUCAGAUUUGAUGGGAAAAACCUCAUGUAUUUCAACAAUGAGAAGGAGCCCUACCCGAAAGGCCUGAUUCCUCUCUCCGUCAUUGAGAUGGCUCGCUCCACCAAGGACAACAAGUUCCAGGUCGUCACGAGUCACAGGAUCUUUGUUUUCCGCGCUGAAAAUGAAGGCCAGCGGAAUGACUGGUGCAGCACCCUGCAGCAGAAGGUGACCGAGCAGCGCCUGCUUUCCCAUCGGCCUCCCCUCAGCGGUAAUGUAAAGCCACUCCAGAGAUCUGGCUACUUGGAGCUCAAAGGCAACAAGUCCAAGGUCUUUGCAGCUCUCAGCCUGUCUGAGCUGUGGCUGUACAAAAGUGAGCAGUACUAUAAAAUAGGCAUCGCCAUCUGCCUAAUAGAGAUGCAGGGCUCCACAAUUCGAGAAGCAAAAGGUCGCAGCUUUGAGCUCAUCACCCCUCUCAAGAUCUUCAGUUUUGGAGCAGAGUCUGAACGAGAGAAGCGGGAAUGGAUGGAAGCCUUGCAGAACUCCAUUGCAGAGAUGCUGUACGACUAUGAGGUGGCUGAGAAGAUCUGGUCGAACAAAGCCAACCGCUUCUGCGCCGACUGCCGCGCCCUGAACCCUGACUGGGCCUCUGUCAACCUGUGUGUGGUAAUCUGCAGGCAGUGCGCAGGUCAACAUCGGAGCUUGGGUUCCAGCAUUUCUAAGGUGCAGAGCCUGAAGCUGGACACCAGUGUCUGGAGCAAUGAGAUGGUCCAGCUAUUUAUUGUGCUGGGGAAUGAACAGGUGAACAGGUUUUGGGCAGCCCGCCUCCUGCCCUCUGAGGCUUUGUACCCAGAUGCCAACAGCGAGCAGAGGCGAGACUUCAUCACCCGCAAAUACCGCUACGGGCACUACCGUUUGCCACAUCCCCAGUACAGCAGCCAGGAACACCUGUUGCAGGCUCUGUGUGCAGCUGUUUCUGGAGCUGGGCUGCUGAAGAUGAUGCUGCAGUUCUUUGCAGCCACCACAGAAGGUGAAGCAGGAUGUUACAAGGCUGUUUCGGAGACUGGGGGAAACCAGCAACAGAGCGGUUCAAGCAAUCUUGGUGUGGAAGGACUGAGCCCAGAAGGAGUCUACAAUGAGGUCACCCAGCCAGUGGCCCAGUGUGGUUACCUGUACAAGGCCCCAUCGAUGACCAAACUUGCAGUUGUCAAGAAAAGCCGAGAGGAAUUUCAGAGAGUGUGGUGCUCCCUGGAGAAGUGCCUUCUGUUCUUUGAGAGUGACAAGAGUUUAGAGCCCUUGGGGAAGGUAGAAAUGGAAGAAGUGAUGUCAUUGGGCGUCAACAGAAUAUAUGCACCAACUAGUCCUGGCUCCUCAGACAGGUUUCCUUUCACACUGGAGCUGUAUCUGAGCAAUGAUCGACUACAGCCAUUGGGGGCAGAUGGGCCAGACACGCUGCAGUCCUGGGCCAGUGCCAUCAGCAAGUGGUUCACCCCACUCUGCUGUCACUGCUUGCUGAGCUAUGAGUUCCAGAGGGUGGGCAGGCUGAGCUACAAGUCCAUGUUGAAUCCCAGUCGGUGGCUGCAAGGCUUCUUCGUCCUCCAGAAGUCCCACCUCUUCAUCUGCCCCAAGGAAGGAGAGGGAGCCGCCGAGGACAGCAUCAAUUUGCGGCAGCUGCAGGAGCUCAGUGUCGUUCCCCUUGCUGAAGAUCCAGAGAAGAAGGAGAUGCUGGUCCUCGUGGAGAUGGGGCGGACCUUUCAUCUCCAAGGGGCCUCCAGGCUGGACUUCUCUGCAUGGUGUGCGGCUAUCCAGGCCUCAGCAGGAGGCCAGGGGAAUGCCCUGCGGGACCAGCAGCUCAGCCGGAGCGGCAUCCCCAUCAUCGUGAACAGCUGUAUUGCCUUCAUCACCCAGUAUGGGUUGCAACAUGAAGGAAUUUAUCGGAAAAACGGAGCCAAAUCCCGCAUCAAGGCCUUGAUGGAGGAGUUCCGUCGGGAUGCCCGAAAUGUCAAGUUGCGCAUCAGUGACAAUUUCAUUGAGGACGUUACAGAUGUGCUGAAGAGGUUCUUCCGGGAGCUGGAGGAUCCUGUGUUCACCACGCACCUACAUCCCCAGUGGAAAAAAGCUGCAGAAAUUUCCGAGAAGCCCCUGCGGUUGGAGCAAUACAAGAAGCUGAUAAGCCUUUUGCCUCAUGUCAAUCACAGGACUCUGGCUGCUCUGAUUGGCCACCUGUACCGGGUUCAGAAAUGUGCUGACCUCAACCAGAUGACCACCAAAAACCUGGCUCUGCUCUUCGCCCCGAGCCUCUUCCAGACUGACGGCAAAGGGGAACACGAGGUCAAGGUGAUGGAGGACCUGAUUGAUAACUACGUCCACAUCUUCAAUAUUGAUGAAGACCGAGUGACGCAGAUGGACUUGGAGAACAGCUUGAUUACUACCUGGCGGGAUGUGCAGCUCUCCCAGGCUGGCGAUCUCAUUCUGGAGGCUUACCUGGAGCAGAAGAACCCUGACUGUUGUGUCACUCUCAAGGUAUCCCCAGUGAUGACGGCAGAAGAGCUGACCAAUCAAGUGCUGGAGAUGCGGAACGUGGCAGCCAGUGUGGACCUUUGGCUGACUUUCGAGGUUUUGGAGAAUGGUGAGCUAGAGCGGCCCCUGCACCCCAAGGAGAAGGUCCUGGAGCAGGCGCUACAGUGGUGCAAGUUGCCCAAGCCUGGCUCUGCCUAUUUGUUGGUCAAGAAAGUGCCCAUCAAGGAAGGCAGCUGCCUCUUUACGGGUGCCAAACGCGAAAGCCCCAAAUGCGGGCUGUUGAAGUGCCGUGAGGAUCCACCCAGGCUUCUGGGAAGCAAAUUUCAGGAACGCUACUUUGUCAUCAAGGACCGCAAGCUGCUGCUGCUGAAAGAGAAACGGAGUGCCAAGCCGGAGCGGGAGUGGCUGCUGGACCUGGCCAAGGUGUACAUGGGGGUUCGGAAGAAGCUGAAGCCCCCAUCACAGUGGAGUUUCACUCUGAUCCUAGAAAAACAACAGCUGUAUUUAGCAUGCACAGGGCAAUCUGAGCUGUGGGACUGGACCACCAGCAUCCUGAAAGCCCAGCACGAUGGCAUCCGCCCUGUGAUCCUGCGCCGACACUCUUCUUCUGACCUGGCCAAGCAGAAGUUUGGCACCAUGCCCUUGAUCCCUCUGCGAGGAGACAGCACCAAUCCCAUCAUGCUCUCUGCUAACCAGACUUUGCGUCGUCUGCAUACGCGAAGGACAUUAUCCAUGUUCUUUCCCAUGAAGAUGCACCAGGACUCUCUGGAAGAGCAGCACGAGACGGAGGAGCCAGAGCCUGUCUAUGAGGAAGUGGGCAGCUUCCCGGUUGGGGGGUUUCUGGAGCUUAGCCCUUCCCUGCUUCCUCCUGUGGAUCAGACCAAGAAGCCAGCCCCCUGCUCUGCCCAAGUGCCACCCAGCUCCCUGCCACCCUGCCCUGCCCCGAGAACAUCUGGGAUGGACUCUGUAAAGGCCCCCUCCCUUGAGAGGGGCCUAUGGCUAGAGCCGGAUAAGGCCACCAUGAUCAGCAGGCUGCCCAGACACAGAGGGGUGACUCACAGCAGCCCAGCGGAGAGAACAGCUGAGCCACCCCAAAGAGCUCUUACCUCCAGCAAGGAGCAGGGGUCUGUGAUACCAGUCCUUCUUCCAGAGACACCACCUGCCCUGGGCACUCAGGUUGGCGAGACGAGGAAGAACUUCUCACUCAGCGACAAACUCAUGGAGGAACUGAGCACUGCCGUCUUGCAGAAGAACAAAUCCCAAGCCCCCCAAAUGCCAGGAUCGCAGGACCUCUCCUCAGCUGCUGGGGACCAAGAGCAGCUGCAAGGGUCUGACUCUUCUUAAAAAUUACAGAUUGAGUGUCCCCCUCACUAUAAACACAGAUUGAAUGUCCCCCUCACUAUAAACACAGAUUGA